CUCAUUACUCAUACAGCUCUUCAAAACUAUCGUAAAAGCAACUUAAAAGCUCAAAUCGAAUUUCCAAGUUUCUGUUUAUUAUUUUUCUUUAAACCGUUCAUUCAAUUCAAGGUUAACACUAUGGCGGAAGAGUACAAGAACAGCGUUCCCGAGCACGAGACCCCUAAGGUCGCAACAACAGAGGAGUCAUCAACGGCAGCGCCAGAGAUUAAGGAACGGGGAAUGUUCGAUUUCUUGAAGAAAAAGGAGGAAGUGAAGCCUCAAGAGACGACUACUCUCGCGUCCGAGUUCGAGCACAAGACUCAGAUCUCUGAACCAGAGCCGUUCGUGGCGAAGCACGAAGAAGAGGAACAGAAGGAACAUAAGCCUACUCUCCUCGAGCAGCUUCACCAGAAGCACGAGGAGGAAGAAGAGAACAAGCCAAGUCUUAUCAAAAAACUCCACCGAUCCAACAGCUCUUCUUCUUCUUCGAGCGAUGAAGAAGGUGAAGACGGUGAGAGGAGAAAGAAGAAGAAGGAGAAGAAAAAGAUCCUUGAAGGAGAUGAGAAAACAGAGGAAGAGAACAAAGGAGUGAUGGAUAAGAUCAAAGAGAAGUUUCCUCACGGCGAGAAAAAACCAGAGGGUCAUGACGUACCGGUCGUCACCAGCAUGCCAGCACCACACUCGGUAGAGCAUCAAAAACCAGAGGAAGAAGAGAAGAAAGGACUAAUGGAUAAGAUCAAGGAGAAGCUUCCUGGCCACAGCAAGAAACCAGAGGACUCAGAGGUCGUCAACACCACGCCGCUGGUUGAAACGGCAACUCCCAUAGCUGAGCAUCCGGAGGAAAAGAAGGGAUUCAUGGAUAAGAUCAAAGAGAAGCUUCCAGGUUAUCAUGCCAAGACAGAGGAGGAGAAGAAAGAUAAAGAGUCUGCUUAAGCAAAAGUAAUUAAACAUGAUCAAUAAUGUGAUAUGGGAGUGGGAGUGUGGGACGUUUGUUGUGUUUUCGUUAUCAUUCUCUCUUUUCUCUUUUUCUUAUGCUUGUCGCAAAGUUUAUGUAUCAUUUGUGUUUUAAUCUAUAAAAAUUGUUUUUGUCCAAAAAAAAAAAAAAAUCUUUAAAAAUUUGUUUUUCAUAAAAA